AUGAAUGAGUUUCAGUCACAGCGAGUCCUCCGUCGCCGCGAAGGGCGAGAGUUCCAGUGGGAUCCACGAUGGAUCAACCGCAUCGGGCCGAGCGUACGGUGGCGAUGGAAUAUUCGUAUGAGGCUGCAGAAGGUCUACCGGCAUCAGGUACCACUGAGGUCACUUGAGCAGGCUCCAGCGCCUUUGUUCACACCUGAGCAGACCGCGAGGCUGAGGAGGGGGCCAAGGGAUGCGCCUUUGUUGUUUCCGCCCGAGGGGAGCUCAACGUCCUCGGAUGAGAUUCAAGCUGAGGUCCAACGACGGCUGGCUCGCUACGUUCAAAGGUACGAAGGAGAAGCUAGAGACCUCCGAGGGCAAGUUCAGCAGCUUCAGUAUGAAAGAAAUCAACUACUUGCUGAUCGAGCAAGACAACAGGGACUACCUGAAGGUGAUCGGGCAAUGCAACAGAAUCUACCUGGAGGUGAUCGGGCAAUGCAGCAAGGACUACCUGAAGGUGAUCGUCCCACAAUGCAACAGAAUCUACCUGGAGGUGAUCGGGCAAUGCAGCAAGGACUACCUGGAGGUGAUCGGGCAAUGCAGCAGGACUACCUGGAGGUGAUCGUCCCACAAUGCAGCAGAAUCUACCUGGAGGUGAUCGUCCCACAAUGCAGCAGAAUCUACCUGGAGGUGAUCGUCCCACAAUGCAGCAGAAUCUACCUGGAGGUGAUCGUCCCACAAUGCAGCAGAAUCUACCUGGAGGUGAUCGUCCCACAAUGCAGCAGAAUCUACCUGGAGGUGAUCGUCCCACAAUGCAGCAGAAUCUACCUGGAGGUGAUCGUCCCACAAUGCAGCAGAAUCUACCUGGAGGUGAUCGGGCAUAUGACCAGAGUCGUGAAGCAGAACAAGUACCAGGGGUCGCUAGCUCAAGUCACGUUGUCCCGACGAAAGGACACGACUCAUCUGGAUCUCCUGGGGGUCAUCGCGCAGGGAAUGAAGCAGCUUCAGGAAGCGCAGGUUCGUGCCUUGGACCGAAAGUCAGAAGGGACGGACCCAGAGACGGUGAAGCCUGGAGUAGCGGCGCUUUCGGAGCUCAAGGCUCCUGAUCCCGAGACCUCUCCGGUGGAAGUUCAGGACUGGUUGCAGCUUUUACAAGCGCCGAUGGCGGAUUUGAGCGACAGCUCCUAUGACUGGUGGACCAAGGGAGUCUUGGAUGGCAACUCAGAAGCUGCGUUUCGCACAUCCUUGGUGCGCACGACACCGACCUCUGAGAAGGGUCCCAAGAUCAAGGGAAUGCAGGCACAGGGGCCGGGAGACCAACCAGCUGCAAGCGCGGGGGAGAUUGCCAAUUUGCUCAUGAGUGGGGAUCGGUACCAAAGGAGAAACCUGCCCAAGCGGCUCCAAGGCAAAGGGGUGAUCAACUGCAGUCCGCCUCAGCAACCAAAGGAAGGAGAGGGACAGGAGGCCCUCAAGAAGGUCAUUGAAGAUGCUUCAAACAUGCUGAAGUCGAUGAUGGCCAGCUCGGGUUUGCCUGCUUCAACCUCCUCCUCUUCGGCCCCAACGUACGAGUCGAUACAGAGACAGCUGGAUGAGCUGAAGCUGAAGACGAUGAAAGUUGAUGGAACCCGGGAAGCUCCACGGACCGAGGACUCAGGAGUUCUUCUGGACUCCGGCGCGACUCAUGUUCUGCGCCCUGCUCGAGAUCGUCUUGAGGAAGAUAACACCAAGGCAGUCGGUGUGACUUUGGCAGGAGACGAGCAACGGAUCCUGAAGCAAGCUCCUUCUGGCAGCAUUUUGCUGGCGGCGGAGGAGAAGGACCGAGUGCAGCCCAUCGUUCCCUUCGGUGCCAUGAUUGACAUCCUUGGCUGCACUCUGAAAUGGACGAAGGGAGGUUUUACUUUGAUCCAUCCGCGGCAUGGACGAAUCAGGACGCGGUUGCGUGCAGGAUGUCCGGAGAUGACCGAUGCGGGUCAGGCGGCGGAGAUCAUCGCGGAGCUCGAGAUGAAAAAGGUCGAAGAGCUGAAGCAAAGGGCAGAAGGCCUCCAGCAGAAGCUCAAUGCGGUGAGAAUGAUGGAGGUGAACAAGGAGGAUUGGAGGCAGAACCUCGCCGCCUACGCUCAGGAGGGGUGUGUGGUGGAUGGUCUACAGGUCCUGUUCAAGUCCCCCAUCUUCAAGGGCCUUCCGGAAGCUGUGACGGGCACGAUGGUCCCCAAUGUGGAGGUCACUGAUGAAAAGGGGUGGGAGUAUUUGAAGGGUCUUCCGCUAUGCAGGCGACUUCGCAAGCGACUGAUGAGGUCCAGGGCUUGGAUUUUGAACAUGUACGGCGGUACCAAGGUGAAUGCGGACCCCAUCCAAGCUCUCACGGGCCAAAUCAACCCAGGAACAAAUACUGAGGUCGUGGUCGUGAAUGUGGAUGUUUUGUUGAAUGGUGGGUGGUCAAUGAUGGGGCCCGCCUACAAGGCCCUGAUGUGGGGAGCGAUGUCUUCGAGGGUGAAGGCAGUCUUGGGUGCCCCGCCAGCGGGUACGUUCAGUUUGAAAAGGCAUGAAGAUCGACCCGGUUAUCCAGGCCCGGUUCGGUCUACCAAGGAGCCCUACGGCCUCUUGGAUCUGAGCCCCACGGACCGGUACUAUGUGGACAAGGAGACCACUUUGGUGGCUCGACAACUCAUGCUGUACCUGGUCGCCCAUGCGAAGUCUGGCGGCCAUGAGGUGAAGUUCUGUAUGAGCCACCCCGAGAACGCCGAGGAGAUUGUGAACGGAGCGUUUGGCUACCUGAGCAAGUCCCCCGUCACAAUCGUGAGCAACUUGGACUUUGAGUUCUUUGAUGAGAUGCGGGAGUCCGAGGACGUGAAGGGGGGCAAGCAAGAUGAGCGGAGACCGUGGGUUUCAGCUGUCCGGAGGAAUGUGGCCGAGAAACUCAUGGACUCUGGUGUUGCAUCUACACGAGCUUGGGCCCAUCGCGACCCAGGACCAGACGUACGGAAGAUGACAGCGGAGCAAGGUUGGAGACUUCAUGUACAACGAGAUCAUGUACCUUUCAGAAAGGACUGUGAGCAAUGCGUGAUGUCUUUGGGCACGGGACGGCCCCACCGGAGGACCAAACAAAAGAGCGCUUAUGUGUUGAGCGUUGAUGUGGGAGGUCCGUUGAGGGCGGUGUCGAGGGAUGCGCGUGGCUAUGGAUACCGCUAUUUCUUGGCGGCGGCCUACACCAAGCCGAAGUUUGAAGACCAGGAGGAUCCGCCCGAGCCUUUACCCGAGGACCUUGCGGCGGAAGACUAUGACUUCCGGAACUUGGAUUUGGAGGUCCCAGAGCUCGACGAGCCGGCCGACGAUGAGGCGGAGCCCGAGGGAGGUGUCGGAUUCAUUGACUUCGGCGAGGAGGAACCUUUGGAUCGAGGAGACGAAGAAGGAGAUCCCUCGUUGAGGAAGGUCAAGGGCGAGGAGCUGUGGAAUGACGACGAGGAAGCAGACCGCCAACAGCGUGCAAAUCAAGAACAAGAUGAGCUUUUGGAAGGGAACCGCGAGAUUCCCAUGGAUCACCUUUACUUUGUCAAACCCUUGAAGGGUAAGAAAGCCAAGCAAGUUAUGCAGGCGAUCCAAGAAAUCAUCCUGGAGCUCAAGCACAUGAACCUUCCAGUCGUUCGAAUCCACAGCGACCGGGCUCAUGAACUUCGAUCUCCUGCGCUGAGGGAAUGGACCCUUGGUCAACAAAUUAUGUUGACGCGGACUGAGGGUCAAUCCCCUCAGUCAAAUGGCACGGCGGAGAGGGCGGUGCGCUACCUAAAGGGGCAGGCUCGCCUACUGUUGAGGACUUCCGGGUUGCCUACAUCGCACUGGGCUACUGCUAUGGUCACGGCUGCCCAUAACCAGCGCGAAAAAAGGCUGAACCCCGAGACCUUCAACCCUGUGUGCCCGUAUGGAACCAGGGUGGCGAUCAGGAAGAAGCGCUACAGUGAUGGUGGUAAACACGACUUGAUGCCGCACUGGGUGAAGGGAACUUAUCUGGGUCCGGUGUGGGAUGUUCGAAAUGGCUCCGCUGUCCUCGAGGAUGAGAAUGGCAGGAUCAUGGUCACAACCAAUGUGCGACCUCGCCUACAUGAUCCUGGCACUGCGGCGGAUGCGGAUGUGCGAGAGUUUGAGCCCCCACCACGGCGGCGUCUACGAGGGAAGUCGGCAGUGGAUGCGGAUGGUGUGGCUGUCAGAAGUCUGACGUUUGGGGCAUCCCACCGAAGGCGGUUGGUCCAGGAGAUUUUGGAGCUGGUUGCCAAAGACCCAGCCCACUCGGUGAAGAGGCCACAGUUGGUGACGGAGGCCGCGCCCGACCCCAGCAGCGGCUAUGUCACGAUGGGCGCGUUCAAUCACGGAGGCCAGUAUGGAGUGACGAAAUACACGAGUGAAGCCCCGGAGCUUACAAGAAAGGUAACGGAGCUCCUCCAGCUGGACUUUCCGGAUGAGACCUUUACGUUUGCAACCCUAGUGAAAAACACAUGUAUGCCCACCCACAGGGACGUGUUCAAUGACAAGAAUUCCUGGAACUUAGUGUCCCCGCUAGAGGUGACCGAAGGCGCUGGAGUAUGGGAGGAGCUGAGACCUGGUGAUGUUUUUUCAGGACGCUACAUGGACAUGCUCGUCAAUGACAAGACCACCCCAGGCCAAGUUCACUCGUUGACGAACCCUGCGAAGGUCAACCCGAAGCGAUGGCAUUGCGUGGUCCAAGGAACUGAGGGGCCACGUCUGAUUGCGGUUGGACAUACAAUAGGCUCCUGGCGAAAGCUCAGUCAGGAAAUGGAGAAUGUGCUUGAGGAGGCAGGCUUUGUGCUGCCUGAGGAGGCGGACGACCACGCGCGCGUGAAGGCUAUCCAGGAAGUGAAUGACCAAGUCCUCCACUACCCCUUCGUGACGGACGAGGAUGAUGCAAUCAAGGAUUUUGACCUCGUCGAUAGGAUCACGGAGGUGGAAGCUGAUGUUAUGAGGGUCGCCAAGGCAGCCGCUGAGAAUCUUUACACUCCGGAUGUUGAAGGAAUACUGUCUACUUGUGAGACGGAUCAAACCGAGCUCAGGGUUGUCCACACCGUCCACCCGGCGGAAGUGGAAAAGAACCUUGAGAAAUGGGUUCCUUCGAUGAUGGAUGAGAUCAAGGCCAUGGAGUCCAUGAACGCGAUCAAAAGAGUAAAGGGGCAGGAAGCGAAGGACUUCCUGAGACUUCCUGGAGCCGUGGUGGUUCCGGGACAGGGAGUGUAUACAGCAAAACCUCCGUCAAAGCCAAAUACUAUGUUUCGGCGGAGAACAAGGAUAGUCAGUUGUGGAAACUUCCAGAAGAAGUCCGACGAUGAGGUGAACUACAGUGGCGGUGCGGCAGCUGAAGCCGUGCGGUUGAUGGUUGGUGAGGGCGCCCGACGUCGAUGGUGCCUCAUCAAUGGAGAUGUAAAUGUGACCAGCGCCUUCUUACGAGCACCUGUCCCUGAUGGAGUCCACUUGGCUAUCAAACCCCCUGCCGUGUUAGUGAGGAUCAAGUCCCCGCUGGUGGGGGAACACCGCACCGACAUGAUGAGGAAGGCACUUACGGCGAACAACUUGAAGUUCGAGCAGGGAACCGCCGACCCCAACAUAUGGAGGGUCGUGGACUCUAGCGGUGAGCUAAAGGGGCUUAUCGCUGUCUAUGUGGACGACUACCUGGUGACUGGACCGAAGGAAGUGUGCGAGGACGUUCAUGCUUGGUUUUCCACAACGUGGCAAACUACGGAAAUCCAGUUCGCCACCAAGGAGAAUGCAAUCCGCUUCCUCGGCAUGGAAAUUCGAUCCGUCGAAAAUGACAGUGGAGACUUCCUCGGUUUCUCGUUGGACCAGGAAGGCUAUGUGCAGGAGCUGCUAAGGCAGUACGACAUCGGUGAGAAGCAGAUGUCAACCAUUCCCUCAGCAAAGGAAUGGAUGAGCCUGGAUCCCGAGUGCUACCCGGAGUCGUUCGACGAGAAGGACCUCAAGGCCGCCCAAUGGAUAACGGGCGAGCUAGCAUGGCUAGCCCAGAGGUGUAGGCCAGAUUUGGCCUACACUGUUAGUGUGAUGAGUUCUAUGAUGAGCAAGGACCCAGCCCGUGCAGUGCAGGUGGGAAGAAAGGUCCUCGCCUACUUGAACUACACGAAGGAAUGGAAGCUCCAUUACGGCACCGAGGGCGCGCGUGACAUCAUCACCUACACCGACAGCAGCUAUGCACCGGAUGGAGACCGAAGCCAUGGCGGGGUGGUGGUGUUCUGGGCCGGCAGUCCGGUCGCUUGGAGAAGCGGUCGCCAGGGACUCAUUGCAACGAGUUCGGCGGAGACAGAGUUGUUGGCGGCGAGCGAGGGUUCGACCCUGACAGCUUCCAUUGAUGCCCUUUUACAGGACAUGGGAGCUAUCGUUGAGAAAAGGGAACUUCGAGUGGACAAUUCAGCAGCGAUCGUCCUGGCGUCGGAAGAAGGGGGGAGCUGGAGAACCCGGCAUCUCAAGGUUCGAGCCGGAGCACUUCGACAACAGAUCCAGCGAGGCUGGAUAGGAAUAUCGUAUUGCCCGGGAGAACGUCAACUUGCCGAUGGCCUGACAAAGAUCCUGGCGGCAAAGCGAAUGGAGUGGUCUAUGCAGGCUGAGCAGCGGCUUUCUAAGAAAGAGAUGAGGAAGCUGAAUCAGCUGCUACAAGAGGACCCUGGAACGCUGGAGCUCGAAGGCAAAGUGAGGAACCGCCAAGGCCCCCUCCACCACCACCGGAAGCUGCCUGCGCUGCCGAUGAAGAUUUUCUUCGCAGAAGGCGACGAGAACGAGCGGAGCGGUUCCCUCGAGAGGUCCAUUCCUUUGGGUCUGGGCUCAUUGCUCGGGGAUGGCGGCAAGGCCGUCAAAGCUCCAGAUGUGUUUGCUCCAAAAUCCCUUGAAGAAGAAAUCAGUGGUUUCGAGGAAUGGUCUUUUCUUUUUGUCAAUUGGCUACUUGUACAUGAUCCGGAUUAUCGUGAAGAUCUUCGACAUGCCGAAACACAAGCUGAAAGCAUGGACAUCAACAAGUACUCGGAUGCUGGUAGGAAGAGGGCCUAUCGUCUCUACUCUAUUCUUUCUUCCUACUUGAAAGGUAGGCCCCUUAGGCUCCUGAAGGCUGUCACGAACCGUGACGGGCUCCUCGUUUGGCAGAGACUACAUCAGGAAUUGAAGCCUUCUACCAGAAGCCGUGAGCUGGCGCUUGCGGAAGCGCUGGUGUCGUUUCCGCCACUUCAGGCUGGAAGCUCCCUCCUUGAAUAUGUGUUGGUCUACGAGAGACUGAUCCGCGAAUAUGAGGCUGUCAGUCAUACCUUUUAUCCUGACAACUUGAAGAUGAGCACACUUCUGAAGGGAUUGCCGAGUGAUGUGAAGCGACACAUUCAGUUGAACUUGUCCGGUGACACAACAUACACGGGGCUUAGAGACAAGCUUUUGCAGUUUGAGAAGACUACGGCUAGUUGGACUACAGAACAUGUCAUGCGUGGUUUGCAGCUCACAUCAUCAACUACGUCAUCUUUCGGCAUGCCUUUCACGAGUGAUCAGAGCGGUCCGAGUCCAAUGGAGAUUGAUAGACUUCAUGCUGAGUCUGGUGGUAAGCCCAAAGGCAAGGGAGCGUUUGGUGGUGGAAAGUACGGCAAAGGCAAGCCCUACCAGAAGGGCUUGAAGGGGAAACCAUUUGGGCUUCAAGGAGUCCCUGGAGGUUUUCAUCAGAAAGGCUUCAAAGGCAAGGGCAAGUUCGGUGGCAAGAAAGGAAAGCUCAUGAUGUCGCCCUUCUACGGUAGUGGAAAAGGAAAGUCACAGCAGAAAGGCAAGCAGAACAAAGGUCCCAAAGGUAAAGGUUCGAAAGGUGUUGGUCCUUGCUACGCGUGUGGUCGCAUGGGACAUGUGGCUGCAGACUGUUGGGGCACUGUUCGUCAAGUGGAGAGCGGUAAAACCUGGGUCUACAGCGGCUACAGCAAGUACGACGGCUUCAACUGCUACUGGUGGUGUGGCGACUUCGAUGGAGAGUGCACUGAGAGUGAGCAUGGCGAUGAUCAGCAGUGGAGUGAUGCUUUGUAUGACGCUGAGUGGCAGAUGCAGUUCGAAGCUGACGGUGAGCAGUAUCUAGAUGAAGCAUCCUGGGAAGCCUACGUAGCUGAAGCCGAGGGGGAUCCUUAUGAUCAAGCUUCUUGGGAAGCUUAUGCGGAAGCUGAGUGGGCAUCUUGGCCUACGGAGCCUGAGUACGGAGAUUGGGUGCGACGCCUUGGGGUGUCAGACGAAGAGUCCGAGCUAGUGAGUACGAGUUGUUUGGUUUAUGAUCUCACGGUGCAAGAUGAGCUCUCUGACGAUCCGGAUUGUGAAGCUGAAGAACCAUUUCAUGAAGAUGAGCUUUGUGAUUGUGAGGGAAGCUUCAUAGACAAUAUCGCUGUAGGGGAAGCCAACAUCACUGCCGAUCAACUCCAUCAUCAUGUGCGUGCUGUCGGGACUGUGGAGCUUGAGAGCGUGAUUUUCGAUAGCGGUGCGGAUGUCACAGUCCUUCCAAUUGAUCGCUUUGCGGAGGUAGGUGUGAGAACUUCCGACAACAGAAAGCCCUACAAGCUUCGAGAUGCGCAGGGCAACUCCAUUCCAGGAGGUAGCCUGAGAGCUCGAGUCCAAUUCGAGGUUGAAACGAUGGAAGGCGACACGGUCGUCUUUGAAGAUGAUGCUGUGCUGGCGCAGGUCGCAGCACCGCUGCUCUGUUCAGCACGGUUGUUUCGAGAUGGCUGGAGUUUGGUUCAGGGUGAAGAGUCUAUGCUGUUGUCCAAGGGUGAGAGACAUGUGCCUGUGCAUUUCCAGAAGAACUCGUUGGCCAUGAACAUGUACAUCAGACAGAUCUGUGAUCAAGAUGAGCUUGACGUUCGUGCAGUUCUUCAUGUCGGUGAUGAACUUGUGCAGACAGUUGUGAGGGGCACGGACGGUUGGCAGCUAACGAGUGAUGAAACUCCUGUAUUCGUGAGCAAGCACUCGUCGGUCACAGAAGAUCCCAGUCUUUCGUUUCCGUGUGAUCAUUGGCCCUAUAGAACUACGCUUCUUCACAUCCCAGGUCGUCCGAAACCAGACCAUUUCGAAGUCUUUGAGUUGGGAGCGUAUUGGGAAGGCAAUGAACGGAAACAGAUUUCACCUGAUGGGGCGAACUACACCAUUCUCACUUUGCUGUCUACACGUCCUGUUGAAAUCCAGCGCUUCGGGAAGCUUGUACGUGAUUCGGUACCGGCAGCUGGCAUCGGAGAAGAGUUGGAGAGAGAAAAGAGGGAGAGUGAACGCGCGGAAGCUCAAGAGGCUUUGGCGGCGCGCGAUGCGGAACAGGCUCCUAUGGUGCCUCCUCCAGAAGUUCAGGUAGAUGAUGGAAGAGAGAGAGUUUCACUUGCUGGCAUAGAUGUUGAUGAAGCUUCGUCAUUGGGAACACUUCGUGCCGCAUGCAAGUUCUUGGACAUCUCCCAUCAUGGUACAAAGGCUGUACUAUGGAAUCGCAUCAAACAAUCGGUCACAAAGUCUAGGCUAGAUGCAGUCACGCAGAUUGCCGACGCAGUGUUGAAAGAGUAUGAGAGACCUGCUGAAGGAGAACCGCUAGCAAAGUUGCCAUCGGUUGCUGAACAAGAAUUACAUGCUCUGACACAUUUACCGCGACAACCAUGGUGCCAAGCAUGCCUAGCUGCGCGCUCGAGAGAGGAUAAUCAUACCGCAACUUCGCCCGAAGAACGUGCAAUACCAGUCGUGUCAUUGGACUACAUGUACACGGGGACCGAGGGCACAGCAGAUGAGAGAGAUCCGUUGUGUGAGCACUUGUUGGUCGUCGACAUGAAGACAAAGUAUGUCCUGGUCUUGCCCAUUGACGUCAAAGGUGGAGCUUCAGUUCGCGGUUGCACUGAGGAGAUUGUGAGAAUGAUGUCGUCCUUAGGGUAUCGCGAAGUACACAUCCGCGCUGAUACCGAACCAGCGAUGAACCAGCUUGUAGACCACAUCACUCAAGUUCGCACGAAGCUUGGAUUCAAGACAGAACGCGAGCCUGUGCCCCCAGAUGCGUCAACACAUCAAGGAUUGCCUGCAGAGCGCUAUGUGCAAACAAUACGUCAGCUUGGAAAUUGCCUCCUUAGAGCGAUUGAGUUGAAGUGUGGCUACCAGGUCAAGUCGUUUCACCCGAUGUUCACAUGGGCAUUCCGACAUGCAGGGUGGCUUCAUUCUCGUUAUCAUGUUCUAUCGUCUGGUCAAACUCCUUACGAAUUGAUCCAUGGCCACUCGUUUGCCGCGAAAAUUGCUCCUUUCGGAUGCUCAGUGUUUGCUCAGUGCCUGCCCAAAGUCAAGGCCAAGGGUGCAACGUGGAUCAAGGGUGUGUACCUAGGCAGAUCCCAUAGUGGCGCGCUCAAUGUGAUCGGCACCUCUGAAGGUAUACAAUUUGCUCGUACUAUCAGGAGGUCCCCUACCGAGUUUGAACCGAUGCUCUCGGAUGCAGUGAAAGGCGUAUCGUGGAAUUUGACUCUUGGUGUAGUUGGUGUUCGAGUCCCUCGUGGUGGUCGUCGUAUUCGUCUCCCAGCAGUUGUUGAGCAAGCAGAACAAGCACCUCCAGAAGAAGAACGAGAUCAGAGAGAGCAAAGUGGACCGGGAGAUGAAGCAGGUUCAGACCCAACAACUUCCUCAUCCUCCUCUACCUCUAAGAAAGACGUGUCGCUCGACUCCAUGUCACUACCAGGUGAGAGCGGCAGUGGGAGCAGUGGCACUGGAUCUGCAUCUGGUGGAUCACGAGACAUCUUGGCAGAGAAUGUUGGAGUAGAGGAGGAAGGUAGUGCAGCUUUGGAGAGCAGUCCGAAGUUCAGAAAGCUUGGUGAGAGCCGUGUUGCACAUGUUUCAUUUAUGGUGCGCAGACUUAGAGAUGACUUGUAUGACCCGUCAGAGCCGAUUGAAGUCCCGGAAGUGUCUGAAGAGCAUGAUCAAGUAGUGGAUCCUCAAGACGAUGGUGAGUUCAAUCAGGUAAUUGAUGAGAUGGACACGAUUAUGCUGAACAACUACGAAGCGGGUCCACCAGAGCUGAGCGAUGAGGCCUUGGCACAACUCGAUGCCGAGCGUGAUCAGUUCGAACUCGAUAGGCUUGUUGGCAUGGGUGUAUUAGUGAAUGCAGAUGAAGAACAGUUGGAUGAUGACACAACCGAGUUGAGCUCAAAGUUCGUCCGCGAUUGGAGGUGGAGAGAUGAUAAGUGGACAAGAAGAAGCCGCCUGGUGGGUCGAGAGUUUCGUUCUCUAUCCCCAGAGCUUGAUGACUUGUAUAGUCCAGCUUCUAUCUCUAGUACCACAAAACUCCUUGCGGCAAUGGCUGCUACAUCAGUUGAGCUAGAGCUGUAUUCGCUAGACAUUUCAGACGCUUAUCUCAUGGUCCCACAGCGCACACCCAAAUACGUCAGGGCCAACGGCCGGGUCUACAGAAUCCUGUACAAUCUACCAGGUCAACGGGAUGGUGCUCAGGGAUGGUAUGAGUUCUUCAGUGCAGUGCUUCAGAAGCAUGACAUGAAAGUUUGUGAAGUUGCUCCAGCGAUCUUUGCUAUCCCGGGGAGACUGGUCAUCAACACUCAUGUGGAUGACGGCAAGGUUCUUGCUGCACCGGGCGAGAUGGAGAAGCUUCGAGAGCACCUCGAAUUAAACAAGUUGAAGGUGAAGGUUGAAGGACCGUGUAGGUUGGAUUCCGGUAGCUGUCGCUUCUUGAAGAGGGCGUAUGAAGGGCAUGGUGACUACAUCAGCGUGAAGCAGGAGCCAAAGUAUGUUCUGAAGUACCUCAAAGGCACUAUGGAUCAUGAGACUCGAUUCCCAGCUACAUGUCCAGGUCGUUCGUUCUUGAAUGAGCAGAGUGGCAUCGGUGACCACUCAUCGUUUGAGGUUGAGAACUUGCUUGAAACGGUGUCGGAUGCAGACUUUGCUUCGGGUGAUGAUCGGAAGUCUACCACGGGCUUUUGCAUUUUCUUGAACGGCAUCCCAGUGUACUCGACAUCUCGUAGGCAGCAUGUGAUUGCUCUGAGUUCUAUGGAAAGUGAGCUGUAUGCCUGUUUAGCAGCCGUAGCUGAAGGAUUGUUCCUGAAAGAAGUGGUGAGUUUCAUCACUGGCAAGAAGGUUGAAUUGGUGCAUCGGACGGAUGCGAGCGCUACUAUUGGUUUCUGCAAGAAGGCUGGUUGUGGUCGGACGCGUCACUUGGCAACCAGUGCAUUGUGGAUUCAGUCAAAGCUUAAGGAAGGUAGCUUCAGCAUUCGCAAGAUCAGUGGGAGAGUGAACCCUGCAGACCUUUUGACAAAGACUUUCAGUGCAUCAAAGAUGAAUCAGUUGCUUUACCAUUUCCAUGUCUUUGAUGGUGAGACUCGCUUGGGUGAUGAAGAACACGCGCAAGAGAUCAUCAGAAGGACCAUUUUUGGGUCCACAGGCUUGAAAGCAUUCCGACUCAUGUUAGCCUCUAUGUUGAUCGAUCGAGCGGAAGGCGUGACAGUUUCAGCAGUUGAGUCCCACGGGACAUGGAUGAAAGUAGCGAUGGCCUCCAUGCUAAUGCUCAUGAUUCUUCUUCCAAUGCUCCUCAUCCUGGCGAAGAACCCAAAGCUUCAGGACAAGGACAAGGAACAGCAGCGCCAGGAACACCGUGACGGUUGCCGACUAUCGUUAUCAACAUCGACUUGUGGCCUCAACGAGCUCAAAGUCCAGUGGCAAAUCCUCUUCUACCGGGAGAUCAAAGAGAACCUGAACAUCUACGUGAAGUACAAGAUCAGCGACUUCCUCAUCGAGACGCCGGCGCACAACGUGAAGUACCAGAUCAACGACUUCUUCAUCGAGAUGCCGGCGCACUACCUGGAGUACAAGAUCAACGACUUCUUCGUGGACAAGAUCCUCAUGCACAUUAUGGCCGCGACGACAACAACAAUCCUGGUUUGGAUGGUGUUACCCAACGAAGACUACACGAGUGGAUGGAACAGGAGGUGUUGCCAAUACUUCAAAAUCAUACUCCGCGGUGCCGUAUGGACGGUAUAG